AACUACAUCCCCCAGGGUGCACCGGGAGCGGCGGGGACACGCGCUUCCCGUCGCUAGGGCCCCGCCCCCCCCGAGCAGCGCCUGGGACCCGCCACCUGCCCCGUGGUCCUGCCCCGCGCCGCCUGCAGCAUGUUCCCGCGGUGCCUGGGCCGCCUGGCCGGGCCUCUGCAGAGACGCUGGCGGCUGGACACGCCCGGCCUGCGGGCCCAGCACAGCCGUGCGGCUGCGGCUGCAGCUGGGGAGGUGCCCGGCUGGACCGGGCAGGAGAGCCUGGCGGAGAGUGACCCUGAGAUGUGGGAGCUGGUGCAGAAGGAGAAGGAUCGGCAGUGCCGGGGUCUGGAGCUCAUUGCCUCCGAGAAUUUCUGCAGCCGCGCCGCACUGGAGGCCCUGGGCUCCUGCCUGAACAACAAGUACUCGGAGGGCUACCCGGGCAAGAGGUACUACGGGGGGGCCGAGGUGGUGGACCAGAUCGAGCUGCUGUGCCAGCAGCGGGCACUGGAGGCCUUCGACCUGGACCCCGCCCGCUGGGGGGUGAACGUCCAGCCCUACUCGGGGUCACCCGCCAACUUCGCCGCCUACACGGCCCUGCUGCAGCCCCACGAGCGCAUCAUGGGCCUGGACCUGCCCGACGGUGGCCACCUGACCCACGGAUACAUGUCGGACGUCAAGCGCAUCUCGGCCACCUCCAUCUUCUUCGAGUCGAUGCCCUAUAAACUCAACCCGGCUACGGGGCUGAUCGACUACGAGCAGCUGGAGGUGACGGCCCGGCUCUUCCGCCCCCGGCUCAUCAUCGCGGGCACCAGCGCCUACGCCCGCCUCAUCGACUACGCCCGCAUGAAGAAGGUGUGCGAGGAGGUCCGGGCCUACCUGCUGGCCGACAUGGCGCACAUCAGCGGGCUGGUGGCUGCCAAGGCAGUGCCCUCGCCCUUCGAGCACGCCGACCUGGUGACCAGCACCACGCACAAGACCCUGCGCGGGGCCCGGUCCGGGUUGAUCUUCUACCGCAAAGGGCUGCGCUCGGUGGAUAAGAAGACGGGCAAGGAGACCCCCUACAACCUGGAGGAGCCGAUCAACUUCGCUGUCUUCCCCUCGCUGCAGGGCGGGCCCCACAACCACGCCAUCGCCGCCGUGGCCGUGGCCCUGAAGCAGGCCGGCUCCCCCGCCUUCCGGGAGUACUGCCAGCAGGUGCUGAAGAACGCCAGGGCCAUGGCGGAGGCGCUGCUGCAGAGGGGUUACACCCUGGUGUCAGGCGGCACCGAUAACCACCUGGUGCUGGUGGACCUGCGGCCGAAGGGGAUCGACGGGGCCCGGGCCGAGCGGGUGCUGGAGCUGGUGUCCAUCACGGCCAACAAGAACACCUGCCCCGGGGACAAGAGCGCCCUGACGCCGGGGGGCUUGCGGCUGGGAGCCCCGGCCCUGACGUCCCGCCGGUUCCGGGAGGCCGAUUUCCAGAAGGUCGUGGCCUUCAUCGACGAGGGGAUCAGCAUCGGCCUGGAGGUCAAGAGCAAAACCACCAAGCUGCAAGACUUCAAAUCUUUCCUGCUGAGUGACGCGGCGACGCAGAGCCGCCUGGCCGAGCUGCGCCAGCGCGUGGAGAGCUUUGCCCGCUCCUUCCCCAUGCCCGGCUUCCAGGAUCACUGAGCAGCGGGGGCUGGCCCCGCCCUGAUCCCCGCCCCCGCUGGGGGCACAGAGACUGGCCCUAACCCCAGGAGGGGGCAGUGCUGGGCCCCCGGGCAUCCCAGCCUGCAGCUCCCCCGCCCCUGCUCAGGCUGAUCUGUUUGUUGUUGUAGGGUCUCCUGCUGGAAGGUCCCCGGGCCAGCUCCCACCCCUCCUUGCCAGUCACAAGGCAGCCCUGCGCGCACCCCCCCGUGCCACCGGGGGGGUGGGAAAACGCCCCCCAGGGCCUAGUUCUGGGUCUCCAGCUCCUUUGCCCCCAGGCGGGGUGGGUUAAAUGGGGGGGCACGAGGGCAGGGUGGGGGGUCCCCCCUUGUCAGGGCGCCGCUGGUUUCCACUGAGCGAAGAAACCUGGAACGUCAGAAAGU